AUAACCAACGACUUCACGUUGUUGUUGAAAUAAUCAAAAACAGUUCAUAAGUAUAGUGGUAAUCUUUAUAUUUGGUCUGUUCCUGUGAGAUUGUUCGGAGAGGCAAUUGUUCCCGGCGGUAAUUUUUGCAAAUAUCGUCCUACUUAGAAUAAUAUAUUUUCACCAUAAAACAAAACUUGAAAAAGUCUCUUAAUCGUCAAUACUUAUACUAUACUAUACUAUACUAUACUAUACUUCACGUAUUAUGUACUCUAACUCUAAAUACACACGUAUAAAAAGUAUUACAAAGUAACAAUCAAACGGAACCAAUUAUUUACUAAUUAUAAGUUAACUAAUGAAUGGUCAAGUAAUAUCGAGUAUAUAUAAAGUUUUAUAAGUAAUUACUUCCUAAAGUUAUUAUUUUUCUUCAAGAAUAUUAUAUACCCGUUGUGUCCUUCAUUGAAAAAUUCCAAUAUGAUUAGACAUUUAUCAAUUCCUAUGAAAUGUACUGUAAUCACAUGUUUAUGUAUUUUUAAAUGUGUUCUUACUCAAAAUCAAAUACACAAAAGUAAAAACAAUGGAAAUAGUUUAUCAUCAAUUCAUUAUAAAUCAGACAAUCCAAGUCAAGAUCAAUAUUAUUAUACUGACACGUCAAACGAGAAAAAUUAUGAAGACAUUAAUUCACAAUUUGUGUACAAAGGAUCUACUCAAGGAUACGUGAAUAUGGACGUAACUGAUAGUUACAAAACAAAUGAAGUCCAUGGAUCUACAGGAGUUGUACCUAUCCAGUAUGGAAAUGCCGUUAAAAAUUAUGGCGAAUCAUCAUCAGAUUUAGCAGCUAUUAAUGGAGUAAAAAUUGGAUACCAAGAUGGUCAAUAUGGAUUUACUAGUGGUAAAAACGGAAUAGGGAACGUACCUGGAGUUGAUCAGAGUUUAGGAGGAUUAAGUGGACCAGGUGUGCGAGUACCUUUUAUCAGCGGAUUAGGGCCAGGACCUUUAGCUGAAACAAGUCUAUACAAUCUAUCGUUUGGCUAUCCAAGGCCGUUUGGGAUUACUGGAUUAUUAAGUUUAUUUUUUGGACCAAUUAGUCCAUUUGGAAGAUAUUUUUCUUUUUGUAAUUGGAUAGUUUUAAUUGGUCGAGCUAUGAGAAGUAUUUUUGAACCAAUAAUUGCUUUGAAACUGUUAUUUUUUGUGCAAUAUCUAUUCAGAUCAACCAUUUUGCCUCAGAUAAUUAAUCUUAUUAACAUGCACGUAAAACAUUAUCAUGGACGUUUAAUUUAUAAAUAUUUAGAUUUUCAAAAACUAAAUACUUGGUACACGAUGUUAAAUAAUAGACUUUGUUUAAAGAGUUUAGUAUGUGAAGCUGGAAUUAAAGCGAGCGUAAAUCCAACUGUACAGUCAAUAAAACGGUUAGCUAAAGAAAUUAGAUCAAAUAAUGAAUUAGUUAAAGUGUUCAUGGACUCAUUUUCUGGAAACUAUUCUCAAUGCCAACAAAAUAUAUGUGAACAAUAAAAAUGCAUUAAUGAAAGUUUUCUAUUUGUAAAGAUGGUUAAAUACGACGUAUUACUUAUACAAUAGACAGAAGCUAUUAUUAGGACCCGUCUUGAAGAUAAAUGAUUGGUGAUAUUCCACUACAUUACUAUAAAAUAUUUUAUUAUUUUAAUACUUCUUUACUUUUACGAAAAAAAAAAGAAAUAAUUUGUAAAAUUGUGUUCUUUAACUUUGAGACGGAUUUGUAAUUAGAUAUACUUCAAUUAUCUUGAAUAUGUAAAUAGAUUUGUAUAUAAUUAAAGAUUAUUAUUUGUACAUAUUUAAAUUAUAAUACUUUGAAAUCUAUUCCUACUUUACUGGAAUAGAACAAAUUUUCUUGAGUGAAAUUAUAAUUUAUAAGAAUUCUUUUUGUUUUAAGUGAAAGAAAACAUUUAACAAUAUGAGUGUAAACAUGGAGGGCUAUGCCCUUCCAGAAAUUUAUAAAAUUAUAUUAAAAGACAUAUUUUAGGGUAAAGUUAUAAAUAAUACUAAAAUAUUUUGUGAAUCCCCAAAAUUUUAAUUCUAUAUACGCCUAUUGUUAAUAAUUCAGAGUUAAAGAAAUGUUUUUGUAUUUAAAGAAUUUGAUGUUAAACUAUGAUAAAACUACGUUUUAGAAAUUUAAAAAAGUAGGUAUUUUUUACAUAUAUAGUUGUAAUUCAAUUAUCUGGGGUAAUGAUGGGAGGAGCCCCAUAGAUAAAUGAAAAGCACGAUUGAUCGAGACUUAUUAUUUAUACAUAAUAAAUUACAUGCAUGUACAAAUACAUAAUGUUUAAUAUGUAUAUAUGUUUGUAUAUUAUCAUAUGAAGUUAUCAGCAGUUGAAAUAUGAAAUUUGUUGAAACCUAAUAAAAUCAAAUAUUUUUAGACGUAUUAUUAUUGGUAAUAAUAACGCAUAGGUGAGCAACACCUAUUUAGGUGCUUCCACAUUUAGGGAGCAGCAUGUAGUUUUUUUUAGACAUUAAUUUUUUGGGGCGUUUCUGGUGAAUGAUUGUCAAAAAAAUUAUAGCUAUAACUAUGAAAAUCGUAAAAAAAAUUAUAACACUCAUGUCUAUGAAUGAAGGUAUUUUUAUACUUUAAAUACAUUUAGAUGCUUUAGCAUUGUUUUAGUAGCGCGUGUUGGUUUAUUCAUAAGAUGUCCUUUUUUUAAAAAUAUAAUUCUGUGGAAAUGUUAGUCAAGUAGGAAGGCUUUAUUUAUUUGCUUAGGACGUAUAAUUCUUGAAUACUUCUCUUUUUUGAGAAGAAUGAGCAUGUUUAAUCGAGAUCUUUCUGUAUAUAGAUUAUAUUGAAUUUGUAUACUGCAUGUCCUACCAGACAAUUUUAUUUCUUAAUGGUUAAUGUAAUCAUUUUCCCCUUGGAUAAAUUAACUUGUCAUUAUAAUUUUGAACACGAACAGUUAAAAUGACAUUUUGGAAAAUACAAUGUAUUCGUAUUUUAACGUGUCACGUUAUCUUGUAUUUGUACUGAUCCUCAAAUAUUAGUUAGGUUUGUAAAAAUUUAUUAAUAUCCAUUUUAGUUUACUAUGAGUUACCUAAAUAAAAAUAUAUUAUAAAGGUUUCUCAUAAAUACUAUUACUUAAAAGUACA